AACUGCCAGCGUUGCAAGACAGGAAGCGAGUUGAGCCGCAAUGGAGAUGUUUUCGUCCCGUGACAGUGUGCUGGUUGGCAGGUGAUUAGCACAACGAAGCUCCUCCUCAGUCUUCUACAGUAGACACAAACCUGGACAGCUGACCAUUGUAAUAAGGAAUUUAGUAAGAUAUAAACUAUCAAGAUGGAUACCUCAAAACUUCCCAAGAUCCAGGAUGAGGACCGAGAAAGCCAGUUUGGAUAUGUACACGGUGUUUCUGGACCAGUGGUGACAGCUACCGCCAUGGCAGGAGCAGCCAUGUAUGAGCUGGUUCGAGUCGGUCACAGUGAGCUGGUGGGAGAAAUCAUCCGUUUAGAAGGGGACAUGGCAACUAUCCAGGUCUACGAGGAGACAUCUGGCGUGUCUGUCGGGGACCCUGUCCUGCGAACUGGAAAGCCCCUGUCAGUAGAGCUGGGACCGGGUAUCAUGGGCUCCAUCUUUGACGGUAUCCAGCGCCCACUAAAAGACAUCAAUGACCUCACUAACAGUAUUUACAUCCCAAGAGGAGUAAACAUUGGUGCUCUCAACAGAGACAACAAAUGGGAAUUUACGCCCGGGCAGAACCUUCGGGUCGGCAGUCACGUAACUGGUGGAGAUAUCUAUGGUAUGGUAUUUGAAAACUCCUUAAUCAAACACAAGCUAAUGCUUCCACCUCGUAGCAGAGGCACCAUAACCUACCUGGCUCCACCUGGAAACUACGACAUUUCAGAUGUGGUUCUGGAGCUUGAGUUUGAAGGCAUUAAAGAGAAACUCAGCAUGGUGCAAGUGUGGCCAGUACGACAAAUCCGCCCCGUCACAGAAAAACUACCAGCUAAUCAUCCACUGCUGACCGGCCAGAGAGUUCUGGAUGCACUUUUCCCCUGUGUCCAGGGUGGCACUACUGCUAUACCAGGAGCCUUUGGAUGUGGAAAGACUGUGAUCUCGCAGUCAUUGUCCAAGUACUCCAACAGUGAUGUCAUCAUCUAUGUCGGCUGUGGAGAGCGUGGAAACGAAAUGUCUGAAGUGCUGCGAGAUUUCCCCGAGCUCACUAUGGAAGUUGACGGCAAAGUUGAGAGCAUCAUGAAGAGAACAGCGCUGGUUGCUAACACCUCCAACAUGCCCGUGGCUGCUAGAGAGGCUUCCAUUUACACAGGGAUCACACUGUCUGAAUACUUCAGAGAUAUGGGCUACAAUGUGAGCAUGAUGGCUGAUUCGACGUCUCGAUGGGCCGAAGCUCUGAGAGAAAUCUCUGGAAGACUGGCUGAAAUGCCUGCUGACAGCGGGUAUCCGGCUUACCUAGGCGCCAGACUGGCUUCCUUCUAUGAGCGUGCUGGACGUGUGAAGUGCCUGGGAAAUCCAGAGAGAGAAGGCAGCGUCAGCAUUGUAGGAGCUGUGUCGCCUCCUGGUGGAGACUUCUCCGAUCCUGUCACUUCAGCCACACUGGGAAUCGUUCAGGUGUUCUGGGGGCUGGACAAGAAGCUGGCUCAGAGAAAACACUUCCCGUCUGUAAACUGGCUCAUCAGCUACAGCAAGUACACACGAGCUCUGGAUGAAUAUUAUGACAAACAUUUCCCAGAGUUUGUUCCUCUUCGCACAAAAGCAAAAGAGAUUCUACAGGAAGAAGAGGACCUGGCUGAGAUUGUGCAGCUUGUUGGCAAAGCUUCACUCGCUGAGACUGAUAAAAUUACUCUAGAAGUUGCUAAGCUCAUUAAGGACGACUACCUGCAGCAGAAUGGCUAUACUCCCUAUGACAGGUUUUGCCCCUUCUACAAAACUGUUGGCAUCCUCUCAAACAUGAUAGCGUUUUACGACCUGGCCCGACAUGCGGUGGAGUCCACAGCUCAGAGUGACAACAAAAUCACCUGGGCCAUCAUCAGGGAAAACAUGGGGGAGAUCCUGUACAAAAUCAGCUCCAUGAAGUUCAAGGAUCCUGUCAAGGAUGGUGAAGCAAAGAUCAAAGGAGACUACGCCCAACUGUUGGAGGACAUGCAGAAUGCUUUCCGAACCUUGGAGGAAUGAGUUUCCGACCUCUCAGUCCGUCUCUCAGAUAUCCAGACCCCAGUGCAGUGCAACAUAGUAAAGACUGAUUGGCCCAUGUUCUGAAUGUCUGCCACAGUCACAUAGUCUUUUUUUUUUCUCCUUGAUGUUUACGCCCCUUAAACAUUCCAUGACGUACACAAAUUGUAUUUCAUUUUGCUGAUUUUCGACAAGUUUCCUCAUAAAAAAAAAACAGUACUGAAAUCCCCUUAGGCUGUCUCAGGAUAUUACUUAAAUAAAUUCGCCCCAAUCAAGUGCUGCACUCGCACUCCACUAGCUGCGAAAAAAGAGUUGAUGUCUCUUUACCCCAGAUGUAACAGUGAUCAAUGCAGAUAUUUAAUCAAAUGGGAACAUGAAUGUGGAUAAAGGGACAGAGGCAGUGUAUUCAGGGGAUGUGAGGAGUUCUUCCAUGUCUUACCUCUAAAGUGUGAUUGUGAUGCUGUGGAAUAUAUACUUGAUAUUAUGUGUAAAAUGUGAAUGAAUGAGUUUGUUGGUUUGUGCUGUAAAAGAAGUCUUGCUGUUUUGUCCAUGGUACAUUAUUGUCUCCCUAAAUAAAUGGGAAAUAAAUAAAGUAGAUGGUUUCAGUAA